CUUCAUAUCAUAUCAUAUUGAACACAAAUUAAACUAUGUCCCAUUCAUUCAUCCUUCUGUUAUUACAGUUUCUCUUACUCUUCUCUCUUGGUAAUGCCCAGCUUCUCCAGUCGAACUAUUACAACCAGAACUGUCCACGAGCAGAAGAGAUUGUAAAAGAAGAGGUCCAUAAAUUGUAUCAAAAGCAUGGCAACACUGCAGUCUCAUGGAUUAGAAAUCUCUUCCAUGACUGCAUGGUUAAGUCUUGUGACGCGUCGAUGUUAUUGGAUACGGUGGGUGAUGUUGUGUCGGAGAAGAGUGACCCGAGAAGUUUUGGCAUGAGAAAUUUCAAAUAUGUUGACACCAUCAAGGAGGCCUUGGAGAAUGAAUGCCCUUCGACUGUAUCUUGUGCCGAUAUCAUUGCCCUAUCAGCUAGAGAUGGCGUCGUAACGUUAGGAGGACCAUACAUAGAAAUGAAAACAGGGAGAAAAGAUAGCAAAGAAAGUCAUUUGGAAUCCGUCGAAGCUUUAAUUCCUAACCACAACGAUUCUAUUCCCUCCGUUCUCUCCCAAUUCGAUUCGGUUGGAAUAGAUACAGAAGGAACUGUUGCACUCUUAGGAGCUCAUUCGGUGGGGCGAGUUCAUUGUAUGAACAUCGUGUAUAGGCUCUACCCGGACGUGGACCCAACCCUAGACCCAGAUUACGCCGAGUAUUUGAAGAAGCGAUGCCCUUCACCAAACCCGGAUCCCCAUUCAAUUGAGUACGCUCGAACGGAUCUUGACACACCUAUGAUUCUUGAUAAUAUGUAUUAUAAGCAUUUGUUGCAGCACAAGGGCCUUUUGUUGGUUGAUCAAGAACUUGCAUCUUAUCCAACUACAUCUCCCUUUGUGGAGAAGAUGGCCAACGAUAAUAACUACUUUUACGAGCAAUUUUCAAGGGCGAUGUUGGCUUUAUCGGAGAAUAAUCCAUUGGGCCUCGAUAAUGGAGAGAUUAGAAAGAAUUGUCGUUAUGUCAAUAAAUUAGAAUAAUUGUUAUGUUGUUUU